UUCUCAUGAGAAGCGUCAGAGGCAAGGAUUGGCGCCUCAAAACCUACAGAUAUAUAGUUCUGAUGAUCACAUUCAUAGCAUAUGCUUGCUACCACGGCAUCGUCAAGAGCGUAUUGCAUCCUCACGCUUAUCCUAAGCUCACCCACGAUCCUAAGUUUAUGGGUAAAGGGUAGGCCCCCUUUGAAGGACCCGAUGGCACUUCGAAAUUGGGAGAGAUUGAUGUUGCGUUCCUAGCUUGUUACUCUCUGGGAAUGUAUGUUGCCGGCCAUUUGGGGGAUACUCUAGACCUUCGAUUGUUCUUAACCACGGGGAUGGUUGGGAGUGGAAUUUUUGUUGGGCUCUUUGGGAUGGGGUACUUCUCGAAUGUUCACUCUUUCUGGUUCUAUCUUGUAAUGCAAAUGAUGGCAGCGUUAUUUCAGGCAACGGGUUGGCCUUGCGUUGUUGCUGUGGUUAGAAACUGGUUUGGGAAGGGGAAGAGGGGAGAAUGAUUGAUAAUGGGUAUCUGUAAUGCUCACAUUUCUUUUGGUAACAUAAGUGGCUCACUUCUCGCUGCUAGUGUUUUCGACUUUGGGUGGGGUUGGUCUUUCAUUGCUCCAGCAUCAUUAAUGGUACUUGGAGGAGGAUUGAUUGUUUACUUGUUCUUGCCGGCUUAUCCAGAGGAGGUGCAUUAUGGUGAAGAGGCUCAGCCUCAGAUUAUUACAUCAGAAGGGGAGGCAGAUUUGGCUUCUGUAGAAGGCUCUGUGAGUAGAAAGAGUGUUGGGAUUAUUGAAGCAUGUAGGAUCCCGGGAGUAAUAACCUUUGCGCUCUGCCUUUUCUUCGCCAAGCUUGUUGCCUACACGUUUCUGUAGUGGGGGCCGUAUUACUUAAGUCGGACAGAAAUUGGUGGGGAGUAUAUCUCCGUGAAAUCUGCCGGCAAUCUUUCUGCUUUAUUGGAUGUAGGGGGGAUUUUUGGAGGCAUUCUUGCUGGCUAUAUAUCUGACAGACUGCGUGCCCGUGCUAUUACAGCAGCUAGCUUCAUAUGCUGUAUUCUUUCUAUGCUUCUGUACCGAUCAUAUGGGAAUCUUUCUAUGAACCUCAACAUUGCACUUAUGGUGGUGACUGGACUAUUUGUAAAUGGUCCGUAUGCGCUCAUCACCACUGCGGUUUCUGCAGACCUGGGUACGCAAGGUGAUUCUCGUGCUCUAGCUACUGUGACUGCCAUAAUGGAUGGCACGGGAUCGGUUGGGGCGGCUAUUGGCCCUCUUAUUACUGGCUUCAUUUCAAGAAAAGGUUGGGAUGAAGUUUUUAUUAUGCUCAUGUUGAGUGCUUUUGUUUCUGGGCUCCUUUUAUCGCGUUUGGUGAUAGCUGAAAUUGCUGAGAAAACUGGCAAAUCAAUACCUCUCUCUCGUGCAAGCCAUAGCCCUCGAGCCGCUGCAUCUCGGCCCCUUCUUGAUGAGGAAAACUGAUGCACAGAUACAAAAGGGGAGGAGCUAUGGCGGUGAUUGUGUAAGUCAGAAGGCAGGAGGCGGAAUGAAAGUUAAAUUUUGUGUGGGGUGUCCCUGCUGGAGGUGCCAAAAGUAAGGGCCAUCCAAGAAUCCCAGGUUUUGAGUGAAGACAAGAAGAAAUAAGACAUGGCUUGGCAAGUUAGAUGAAGAGAGCAGUAAAUUAUAGUAGUAGGCUCUUUUUUCUUUUUUUAACAAGGGGAAGUGCUAAUGAAGCAGUAGUCCUACAAGUCCAGUAUAAUACAGAGAAUGUGGAGUUUCUGCGAGAAACUUGCAAAAAGACAAGGGGAAAGAAGUUGAUGGGCACAACACAGGCUGUGACAGGCUGGUAUGAUGAUUUAUGCUGACGAUGAAGGGGAUAUAUGGAAUGAGUAAUGACGCCGUACUGGGUUCUACGAAAGACCGGGCUGUUUACUACAAGUGUUGUGAGAAACAUGUAGAGAUGGACCUGUCUAUUUGGAAAGCACCGUUUCAUCAAUGCGCAGACUCUCACCACCAUCUAAUAAUUGAGGGAUUAUUUGGCCAUUGGCGAAAAAAGAAGAGACUUGGGGUGUGAGGUAUGAAAUUUCUUGGGCUGAUCCGAUGCUAAUAUGGUUAGGAGGGGCAGGAGCUGCGUUGGUCUCAAGAAAUUUCUCCAACGCCACCCCAGCUCACAUAUUGAGACUCGGAUCAACCGACCAUUCAACUCAAUUAAUUGCAUCUUGUUUGUUUCCACUCAAGUCUCGUUGACCCCCAAUGUUAGUUUUGCCAUCUGGCACAUGAAAACGGACAAAGCUGAAAAAUCAACACAGUUGACUGAC